UUGCUAGGAGGAGGACAUGAGCAGUAGUCAUUGCUGACGUCAUCGGCGUUCACCACCUGACUAGUAGAAACAAUAUCCACAAAAACCAAAACCGUCUCACCAUGAGCCGGAUUACGGCUGAACGACCGGAAUACAGGGCUGGUGUGCGCUACGACGACUAACAGAUACCGCGUUGAAAUAGAUACGGUAUCCCGUGGGGUUUUUAAAACCCAUUUGUCAGCUUUGGAUUUAGUAACGUAUCGCUAACUUCCCCGUUUGAGCGAUACCGGAAAGGCCUGCCGCGUCGUCAUCCCCGGACUAAAGUAGCGAGGCCAGACCGAGAACCUCUGCUCUCAGCAAGUUCCGGUCAAUGGUCCGAUCGGCCGAGGAUGCUCACGGACCUCACGCCGGCCACCGCACGCCUCUUUGCUUCCUCACCUGCCUCCCGCAGCCAUGACCAUGACUGACCUUUCCGACCGCCCAAAGACUACCCCCGCUAUCGCCCCAAUGAUAUGAUCGUAGCCGCCUGGAUCGCAUUCUGUGCCAGCAGGAGCCUCGUUUGCGGUCUGCGGCUCGCCCUAGAGCAGCUUCUCCUCCUCCGGUUCUGGGAGAGCGCGGAGGCGACGCCUGGGACCAUGGGCAAUAGCUGCGUGUGCCGGGAGGACAGCGACGUGGAGGACGGCUCCGUGCCGCGCGGACACCUCCGGCGCGUGGACCAUGCUUCUGCCGAGCCGGCAGAGACCCGAGGCAGCAGACCGCGAGACCCAGUCCGGCCACCGCGGCGCGGCCGAGGCCCCCAUGAACCCAGGAGGAAGAAACAGAACGUGGACGGGCUGGUGCUGGAUACGCUGGCCGUCAUCCGGACACUAGUCGACAAUGACCAAGAACCUCCAUAUUCCAUGAUCACACUGCAUGAGAUGGCGGAGACGGAUGACGGCUGGCUGGAGGUGGUCCAGUCCCUGAUCCGGGUGAUUCCCCUGGACGACCCACUGGGCCCGGCUGUGAUCACCCUGCUGCUGGACGAGUGCCCGCUCCCCACCAAAGACGCGCUGCAGAAGCUGUCGGACAUGUUGAACCUGAGCGCUGCAGCGGCCCGCCAAGACGCCCUCAUCCCAGCCAAGCACCGCAACACCACGGCCGUGCUGGGCUGCCUGGCUGAAAAGAUGGCAGGCCCAGCCAGCAUCGGCCUCCUCAGCCCCGGUACCCUAGAGUACCUACUGGAGAGUCUGAGCUCUGAGGCACACCCAACGGUCAUGCUGUUUGCCCUCAUUGCACUGGAGAAGUUUUCACAGACAAGUGAGAAUAAGCUGACCGUCUCGGAGUCAUGCAUCAGUGAUCGGCUCGCUGUCCUGGAGACCUGGGCCAACCAUCCGGACUACCUGAAGCGGCAGGUCGGGUUCUGUUCCCAGUGGAGCCUAGACAACUUGUUCCUGAAGGAUGCCCGUCAGCUGACAUACGAGAAGGUCAAUCUUCAGAACAUCAACGCCAUGUUGAACAGCAAUGACGUCAGCGAAUAUCUGAAAAUCUCCCCCACUGGUCUUGAGGCCCGCUGCGACGCCUCCUCCUUUGAGAGUGUCCGCUGCACAUUCUGCGUGGACUCGGGGGUGUGGUACUACGAGGUCACCGUCAUCACGUCUGGGGUCAUGCAGAUCGGCUGGGCCACCAAGGACAGCAAGUUUCUGAACCACGAGGGCUAUGGGAUCGGGGAUGACGAGUACUCCUGUGCGUAUGAUGGCUGCAGGCAGCUAAUCUGGUACAAUGCCCGCAGCAAGCCGCACUCGCACCCGUGCUGGAAGGAAGGGGACGCUGUUGGCUUCUUGCUGGAUCUCAGCAAAAAGCAGAUGGUCUUCUAUCUGAAUGGACACCAGCUCCCUCCCGAAAAGCAGGUCUUCUCCUCGGCCACGUCAGGCUUCUUCGCCGCGGCCAGCUUCAUGUCGUACCAGCAAUGCGAGUUCAACUUCGGGGCCAAACCGUUCCGGCACACGCCACCCGUGAAGUUUAGCACGUUCAACGACUUUGCUUCGCUGGCGUCCGACGAGAAGAUCAUCUUGCCCAGACACCGGCGUCUAGCCCUGCUAAAGCAGGUCAGCAUCAGAGACAACUGCUGCACGCUCUGCUGUGACCAGCUUGCCGACACUGAACUGCGUCCCUGCGGACACGGCGGGAUGUGCAUGGAGUGUGCCUUACAACUGGACACCUGCCCCCUGUGCCGUCACGACAUACAGAGUCGCGUCAGACUGAUCUCCCACGUCUCCUGACCUUGGUGCUGCCACCUCUGUGCCAGGGCAGGGAGGCCCGGACCCCCGUUCGCCCGACAGGGCCCAGGACAGUGAUGCUUCUUGGGGGGUCUCUGUCCUAGAGGCCGCGGGGAGAACCCAGGGGGGCUCGCAGGUUUACGAGAGGAGACCGGGGACGACCUUUCAUGGUGGAGCGCUCCACGGAACAGCUCUCGUGGUGAGAGGCUCAUAUCUGCCUCCUGCCAGCAGUGACCAGAAGGUUCCAGAGACCAAGCGGCUUCCUCUAAAUUGCCACGAGCCGCGUGACCCUCUGUUAACAUGUCCAACGUGCAGUACACAGCUUUGUCUGCUCAUUCUCUGCCUAGACUCUGAUCUCUGUCUGCACAUCUGUUUCCAGCUGUUCAAUGUAUCAGUGUUUAGUUUUUCUCAUUCCACUCAAACAGGCACACACAGUCGAUGGUGAUACCCACCUCCUGUUUUGGGGGGGGGGGGGGCAUGUAAUGUCAAAUUGAAUUGUUCCCUCUUGCCUCUUUUGCAUCCUACUUGAAGCAGUUUUGCAGUGAUUCAUACCAUGGCGCAAAUUUUUUUGAUGAGGAAAAAAUAGACAUAUACUGACAUGAUAUUUUAUUUAUGUGUGAUUAAACUGCCAUUUAGUAAUUAAAACUUGAAGUAAAAAUUCUCACCCAAUGUGAUGACCAGUGACAUUGAAUUAGUCUACGUCUUUCUGUAUGUAUGUGUGUGUGUAUAUAUAUAUAUAUAUAUAUAUAUAUAUUACAUUACAUAUACACACAUACAUCUGAAGAACUGCAGAUUCAGCUGCUGUAGGUUGUUCCUUUAAGGAGAUUAUUGCCCUCACCAUCUCUCUGCUAAUUACCUAUGGCACAGAUAAGGGUUUCAAUGACUUGAAUUAAGAAAGAGCAAAGUGUUCAUUUAUGGAUUGUGAUGUUUGCAUAGAAAUGUUUGUUAAUGUGUUGAAAAGUAGUUUUGAGGGUUUAUGGUAUUUUUUUGAUAUACUAUGAGAAUAUUUCUGGCAUCUGUUUACUCUGUUGGUCCAUUACCCCCUUCUGGUAGGGUCAUUUAUAGCCUGAAUUAAAAGAAUCAACAUUUUGUAACAAAA